GCUAGAACAAUGAGAAUUUACCGCUUCAGGUUCGCAAUGAAUCUCAAAACUAUUCUUGUCCUUCUUUUAACAGUUCUGGUCAUCUUUGGGUACAGUUUUUAUAGAUAUUUUUACCACCAUGAGUAUUCUGUAAAGCCCAUUUCGAAUGCCGUUUCAAGUAGCAAACAUUUUGACAAAGAAGAAGUUUACGUGGAAAAUUUGUCAAUGGAAACUACGAAAAUCAAAGCAAGAACAACCCAAGAAACGUCAAUUCAACAAAGGGACAAACAAAGAAAAAACACAAAUGAAAUGAACCUUCUGCCGCCGAACACAGAAUCAGAAGAGAAGGCAAAAAAAGAGUUUUUUGAGAAACUGGAUGAAUUUUCGAGACAGCAGGAGAUGAACGUUACAGAUGUGACCGACGACAGCGCAGACAAUGAGACUUCGUUGAAUGAAAAAAGGAUAAAAGAAAACGACUUGAAUGAGUUUAUGUACACUAACAACACGUUCAAAACAAUGGAUAUGGCAGGGGAUAACGUUGAAGAAAACGGAAUCAAAGAAAAUGGAGAUUCAGAAAUAACAUAUAUCAAUCGACUUGUUGGCAAUGUUUCAAACAUCUUGAAAAAAAAAGGCAACGACUAUAAAGAAACAGAGUUUGUACUGCAAAGCAGGGAGAGAUUGAUGUUAAAUAUAUCAGAAUCUUUUAACAACGAAGUUUAUAAUGUGACGAGUAAGUACAAUUCUAAUUUAUCGGAAACUUUUGAAGACCUUGCAAAAAGUAAUGCCACUCUGCCCCAAGACGUACGAAGCAGUAGUCGAACCCUCAUGGAUAGCAAAAGAGGAAGUUCUAUCGUAACUUUAAGAAAACAAAAGGGUAGACGACGAGGUAAAACAAAUGGCCAAAACAUUCUUAAGAUAGGAAGCAAGGUUAAGAGAAAAAGGCAUCCUUUGACCAAAAAAUAUCGCAGAUCCAAAAAGAAAUCUUUUUUAUCUAAAGACGACAUUCGCCACAAAUCAUCCUUACAUAAAGAAGGACACAGUGACAAGCGACAGCAACACAAAUCCAUUCAUCCCAAUAAGAAAAUGCUAACUAACCUAAAAACCAACUUCAAACUUGAUUACAAAGAAGGUUAUGUUUUGGAUCAAACCUUUUUUCGUGAAGCGAAGCUUAAGCCAGGCUACAACAUUAGGAAUCGCAAAACAUCAGUUCUUCUGUUACAUCCGUCAAUGUUCACAUCUUCAGUGUGGGUUAAUAUUGGAACAAUGCAAGCCCUUGCCGAAUCCGGUUACCGUAAUAUAGCUAUUGAUCUUCCUGGUUACGGACGCUCCAAGAAAUCAAAAAUCCCUUAUUCAAGAAACGAGAUUAUUGACUACAUGAUUCAGUUACUUGGAUAUCUUGGUCUGGAGAAGCCAGUAAUUGUGACACCAUCAAAAAGUGGUGAGUACGUCAUGCCACUAAUCAUGUCACAUCCGUAUAUGAUUGGCGGAUUUGUGGCCAUCGCCCCCACAGACACGGGCAAAUACAGCCGGCAUUUCUAUGAAAAUCUAGACUUACCAGCUCUGGUUGUAUUGGGGAAUGAAGAUACAUCGAUGCUCAACUGGGCAUCACUGGACAACCUGGAACAUCUCAAAAUAAGAAGGAUGUUCACCAUUGCUAAUGCUACAAAGGAAUGCUAUGUUGAUCGGCCUUCUUCGUUUCAUAAAUUAUUGCUAGAUUUUCUUCCAUCGCUAAGCAAGCAAGUUCGAUCCUCUCAAUGAUGCUGAUAUUUAGCCAUUGCAUUAAUUCCCAGAGCAGCUCAAUUUGAAGGACAAAACAAUGGAUCUAGUUUCAUUAUAAAAAUGUCAAAAGCAGUAGCGCUAGCUAGUUACCUUUGGUAUAGGAGAAUAGAUAUCUUAACUAAAAAUAGAAAAAAAAAUUAAUCAAAUGAAAAGUUGCGAAAGGAAGUUACUUGUUAAACGUCCAAAUACUUCGUCUUCUUAUUUUCCAGCUUUGGACUAUAGAAUUUUUGCACCAUCACGUGCCGCCGCCCAUAAUAUAGCUUGGACUGCCUGUGGUUUGAUGGCAAAACAAUAAAAUUCCUUUGCUCUCGAUUGCGAAUUGAAUUCUUUAUUAUGUAAAACGAUUGCAUUUUUCCUGCUAUCUAACAUGGCUGCCGUCACGUGAUGGUGCAAAGCCUCUAAACUCUUUUAGGAAUAUAGAGGUUAGCACUGAUGGAGAGAGGUGGUCAAAGACCGCAGCGUGUGCUUCCUGGAAUACCAGGCACGUAGCUGAAGGAACUAACAACGUUAAGAAUAGCUACUUUACCCGUUCUUUUGGGGGGAAUAAAUGGGCGCACAUUUGCAGUCUAUAUUUAGUCAAAGAUAACAUUUAUAAAAUUUUAUAGAAAUUAUAAUUAUUCAGCUAUCACUGCGAUAGUCUUUAGUAGUCAUAAAGAAAAAUUGAGUAAUAAUAGGCAACCAUUCUCAUGAUUAUUUAAUUAGGCAGUUGCUCAUGAAAAUAUAGAGGGCUCAAGAUAUUAGUGACAACAUCAGAGAUUCGACUUGUCAUAAUAAACGGAGAUGUAGAUGUGUAGCUUCUUUCUCAUUAAAAAAUUCAAUAAUCAAA